ACAAUCGCUUUGAAUACCUAUGAUGUUACGUUUAGCAGUUUUGGGGAUAAUUCUAGGAUCAGUGACGUAUGUAUUCAGUAAAUGCACAGUUACACCAUUACGGACAGAAACUACAAAAUUGGGCAACAAAAGACAAUUUUGUGUACACAACGUUACCCAGGGUAACAACACGGUUCCUGUGGAGAUAUUGGUGGGUUCACAAUUCCAGACGCCGGACUGUGUGAGGUGCAAGUGCACCACUAUGGGGAUGAGCUGCUGCGGGUUUGGGGUUGCAGAUGAUGCUGCACUACAUGUACCACCAGGUUGUGCUGCUGUUGCUGAUGGUUGCGAGGUUGUUCUCGUAUCACUACAAGACAUGCGUACUGAUUGUUACGUUAAAAGCCCCAUGGCUUAUGAAAGAAAUAUGCACAUGAGGAACCAACAAACGAUAUUGGACUAUUUCUCUUACUCCAACCCCCGUGCCAUGGAGAUUCUACGAAGCCCUGAAUUUAGUAGACCACCCCGGCGACGCGGUAAUGGACGAGGUUCCGGGGGAGCUGGGGCGGAGGGUGGGGCCGGUGCUGCAGCAGAGGGGGGUCAAGAAGCCAGACCCAUGAUUACUGACGCGCACUUAGACGCAAUGAUGAUCUCAGCAUUGUUAGGCAGACCAACUUAUGGCGGAUUCCGACCUAUGGAUGUAUUUGGAGCAAUGUUUGCCUGACAAGACACUGACACAAAAAUAUUACUGUAGUGUUGAUUUUUUUAGUUCAUAUUUUUAUGUGUGUCGAAGGAUAU